CUUCUUAACCCAGGGCUCACCUCGGCUCUUUUGUCUGCCAUCGCGGAAAAAAAGUGAAUCCAGAUGAAGCCCCUCUCCUCCUCCUCCUCUUCCUCCUCCCAUAGAAAGUGCCCCGUCUCCUCUUAUCUCCUCACCUUCUCCUUCAUCAUCUUUGUGGCCAUCCUUUACGGCGAGGACUUCAGCUGCAUCCUUCGCCAGCCUUUUCUUCAAUCCCAACAGCUAGAGGAUUUCGAACCACAACAACGACAACAAGACACUCCGAAGCCAAAAGAGAAGGAUGAGGUGGUGCCAUUUGCGGUGGGGGAGACGACGCCGAGGGGGUGUAACAUUUUUGAAGGGGAGUGGGUGUACGACGAGGAGACGAGGCCGCAGUACGGGGAGGAGGAGUGCCCUUACAUCCAGCCCCAGUUGACUUGCCUGGCUCACGGCCGCCCGGACACCGGCUACCAGCACUGGCGAUGGCAGCCCCAUGGCUGCUCUCUACCCAGCUUCAAUGCCACUCUAAUGCUCGAAAUGCUCCGGGGGAAGCGGAUGAUGUUUGUUGGGGAUUCCUUGAAUCGUGGACAGUAUGUAUCUAUGAUCUGUCUCCUGCAUCGAAUCAUUCCUGAGAGUGCCAAAUCCAUGGAAACAUUCGAUUCACUUACAGUCUUCAAAGCUAAGGAUUACAAUGCUUCAAUUGAGUUCUAUUGGGCUCCUUUUCUUGUUGAAUCCAACUCCGACGAUGCCGUCAUACACAGAGUUACAGAUAGAAUUGUUCGAGCCAGGUCAAUCAACAAGCAUGCUCAGCAUUGGAAGGGAGUUGACAUCCUAGUCUUCAAUACUUACCUUUGGUGGAUGACAGGAAUGAAGAUGAAGAUAUUGCGAGGGUCCUUCGAAGGUGACAUGAAGGACAUUGUAGAGAUGGAAACAGAGGAUGCAUAUCGGUUAGCAUUGAAGAGAGUGGUGAAAUGGCUGGAGAAGAACAUGGAUACUCACAAGUCCAGGGUAUUCUUCGCCAGCAUGUCACCUACUCAUACGUCGAGCAAGGAAUGGGGUGGUGAGCCAGAUGGAAACUGCUACAACCAGACAACUCCAAUUAAGGAUCCUACCUAUUGGGGAAACAGUUCAAGCAAAGGCAUAAUGCAGGUAAUUAAGGAGGUGUUUAGUAAAUCGAAGGUGCCCAUAACUUUCAUCAACAUCACUCAACUAUCGGAGUAUCGCAAGGAUGCACAUACACAAAUUUACAAGAAGCAAUGGAGCCCAUUGACAGCAGAGCAGCUUGCUAACCCGAAAAGCUAUGCUGAUUGUGUGCACUGGUGUUUGCCUGGACUACAGGAUACAUGGAAUGAGCUCUUGUAUGCUAAGCUUUUCUUUCCCUGAGAAGCGAACAAAGUAAUUUAUACGAGUUGGGCUUCCAUUUUUCUUGUACUUAACAUCUGUUGCAUCAAUGUAUUUUAAGUGAAACAAAUGAAGGCCUUAAAGAGGUCUUUUUUUUUU